AUGCAGCAGCCUGGUACCCGCCUACGUUGCGACCCGACGGAUUAUGCAAAGCGACAGCAAGAAAAGAAGGAACGAGCAAAAGAACUUCGUGAACAGCGGCAGCGCGGUGUUUUUUCCGACGAGCAUACCUUUUCUCCUAAAGUGAACACGAGGGCUCGUAACCCGCCGCCACCAGGAUCACGAGAAGAACUGGACCAAGGCUCUGCAUCCGACAGCAUGGCCUACCGUAACCCCGGUCACAACAACAACAACAACCACCACGACAUGGACGACCCAACAAGUUACGAGAACGAUGCUCUCGACAAUUUGUCGCGCAGAUACCCAAAGAAGGCCCCUCAGCAGCAGAUGUCGUCGCUAAAUGUGACGCCGCUCGAGCCAGAGCAUGACACGUUGUUCCGAGAAGUAAAGCGCGCGACAGGACGAGAAAUCGAAGAUCUCCCCAUCAAGAAGACGUUGGGGCCACCUCGGUCUGGAAAUCACACUGGCCCAUGCCUACGGAAUUCAAGCUGCGGGUGCCCGAAAUGCGGUGGUGGUGGUGGUCCCGCCUCGACUACUACAGGCAACAGUUUUGUCGAUGACGCACCCAUCCGUCGAAGGGAGCCAAGAUCUGUACCGUCAACGGAUUCGUAUCGUGAGAACAACGCACGUACCAUGGCGGCACCGAAUGAAAUGGGGAACUCGCUGAUGCUUCUCAAGUCCAAGAUGUCUCGCCGAAAGGCUAGGAGCGCACCCACGAAUCAAGCCUCGCUUUUUGUAGAGAAAAACACCCCCAGCGCUGUUGUUCACUCUGCGCGACUUCCAUCUUCAACAACGAUGUCCCGUGAUACACCAACUCCGCGGCAGCCGGUUGCACCACGUCGUGCUCCAGCUCAAGCAGCAGCUCCAACACCGCCACCAAGACGAAAAUCACCGCUGCACAAUGUUGAUGAAAAUUCUACCGACGACACUCGCUAUCCUGCUCCCAUCAGUACCGGGUUCAACCUUUCUGAACAAUUGGAUGAGUACGGAGAUGGCGCAGAAGUGAUGGAGCAGUGCCACAACUGCAACCGGAAGUUCAACGUCGUGUCGUUCGAAAAGCACCAGAAGAUUUGCGAGAAGGUGUUUUCAGGACAGCGCAAAGUAUUCAACAUGGCGGCGAAGCGUCUGGAGGGGACUGAGGCCGAGAAGCUCGCGAGGGAGGCCAAGGGUAAAGCUUCAGGCAGUGGGUCCCGAAAAGCGCCAUUAUCUGCAACGGAGCAACCAAUUAAGGCUAAAAGCGCAGCCGACUGGAAGCAGAAGAGCGAAAUGUUCCGCAAUGCCAUGAAGGCUAGUCGCGACGUAACCAAGGCAUUGAAGGAGGGGAAAGAAUUGCCGCCCGUGAUGCCAUCGGCGCCCGACCCAAGCCUUAUCCAGUGCGAGUAUUGCAGUCGGCGCUUCAACGAGAAGGCAGCUGAGCGUCAUAUUAACUUUUGCCGGGAAAAGUCCCAGCGCGACAACAUCAAGGCAUCGUCGAAAAGAGCGCCAGCAGCUAAGCCCGGGUCUCGAGCUGCAGCGAUGCGGAAAAGAUAG